AUGGCAUCCGGCGGGUUCCUCCGCAAAGCAUACUGGGGCCUUGCGGGCGCAGGUUUGAUUUAUGCACUGGCCAUCGGGGCGUUGACAUACCCAGUGUUGCAACGCAAUGCCACAUAUGCCCAUAAUGUGAACCCAUCCUAUUGGCAAAACCUAAGCAACGUGGAGCAAUUUGGGUUUCUGCAUCAUCAGGUACAGCCAUUCACUGUCACAACUCCAGACAAUGUGACGCUGUUUGCAUGGCAUAUCCUGCCCACACACUUGUAUAUGCAGCACGAAGAAGCCUUGAAGGCACAGGGCGACUUUGGCCAGAAGCCAUAUGCUCAGGCUGCAGAGACUGUCGGCUUGCGCUUGUUGUUAGAAGACCCCAAGGCUACUGUGGUUGUCAGCUUCCAUGGCAAUGCUGCACAUCUGGCUUCAAGUCACCGACCAGCGACAUAUCAGCAGUUUCUAGGGACAUCAAGUUCUGAAAGACCAGUCCAUGUGAUUGCAUUCGACUACCGCGGUUUCGGCUGGAGUACUGGUAGCCCUACGGAAGAUGGAGUGAUUCAGGACUCGGUGUCUCUCUUAUCUGCCUUGACCGGUCACGCUUCCACUUCUUCAGAUGUUUCCGUUUCGCCGUCUUCGUUGAAAGCAUCUCAGAUUAUUCUUGUUGGACAGUCCCUCGGCACAUUCAUCUCUUCCGCACUCUAUCACGAAUGGGCCAUCACGCUGGGCCGUGCUCCAUUUAGAGCCCUUGUUUUGUUUGCCAGCUUCACGUCCCUUACGAAUCUUUUAGACUCUUACUCCAUCAAGGGUCUCACUCCACCGCUUUUAUCACCACUACUCGCCUACCCCAAAAUCCAGAAAUACUUCCUCUCCAAACUCGUUGACAAAUGGGACACAAACCUACGACUGGUGGAGCUCGUUAGCAACCCUGGCAUUGAACUGGACCUCACAAUGAUUCAUGCUCGAGACGACUGGGAAAUCCCGUGGAAUGAAGGACGCAAGAGCUGGGAACGAGUGCUUGAGGCGGCGACAUCUUCGGCCGGUGUAGAGAUUGAGUUUUCCCGUGACAGGGAUCUUGAGAUAUGGGCGAGUGUGGAUGGGAGGAAGAAGCUACGUUGGCAAAGAGUGAGCCAUGGUGGUCAUAACAGGAUCCCGACGAGCGAGCAUGCCAGACUUGCUAUUAUGAGGCUGCUUGAGCAGUAG